GAGAGGGGAGGAGGAGGAGGACAGAAAAAAAGGAGAAAGAUUUCAGCACCGGAGCUGUCCACGGCACUUGAAGAAGUCUCUAUUCCUGCCAAGGAGGGGAAACUGCUUCCGAUUGUAAAUGAUCUCUUGUGGACUGUGAGGAGGAAGGAAUAAUAAACUGCUCUGCCAUUCAUCUCUCUGCGGGGCUACCUACCGGCCAGGAAAGGCGCACAUACUUCAUUCGAGCAAAGUCUUGCCAUGCUGGACGGCUGGGCUUGAGACAGAGAGGAUAAAGUGAGAACAGCAGCCCUUCACUCUUUACGCCAUGGGAGUGCUUAUGUCAAAGAAGCAGCAGGUGGAGAAGGUGCAGAAGUGCAACGCCGUCGUCUCCGCCUUCCAAGCAACUGUCAAGGAGCGUGCCAUAGUCAAACAGGUAGAAGAAGAAGUGGAGGAAGCUGAAGCCAAAUCUUCAGCCAGUCCUGAUGAAAAGAACACAGAGGAGGCGGAGAAAGAGGAAGCGGACGGUACCGCAGGUCCGUCGACCUCCCAGCAGGCCACAGCGUCAGCCAGAGAUGAGUGUAAGGUCAACCAGGAGGCGUGGUCGAGGUUACGGGACGGGAAAGGAGUGGAACCUGAAGAUAUGGACAAGACCCAUCAGCUCACACCGCCUGCUUACGUGCGACCCAAAAGGGAAGCCGAUGAUGACCAGCCCAUAGAGAUCGAGCUGGAAAAGAAAGAGCAGCCACCGAGCGAUGAGAUGUGUGAUGUGUGUGAGGUGUGGACGGCAGAUGACCUGUAUCCCUGCAGGAUCUGCACUCGAGUGUUCCACGACGGCUGUCUGAGAGAGCUGGGCUAUCUGCGCGCCGAGGCCCUGCAAGAGAUGAGAGAUACAGCCCACACUGUUACCGGCUGGAGCUGCUACUAUUGUGAUAAUGUGAAUCUACUUCUAACAGAGGAGGAGAUGUACAGCCUUAUGGAGACCUUCAAUCAGUGCAAGAUUAUUCCAGAGUCAUGCCUGGUGUCAGAUGAGCUGCUGCAGUACCGCCACUUUGCAUCCAAACAGCUAUUCGAUAAGGACCUGACUGAUGAGCAGGAAGAGGAGGUCUUGUCCCAGUUUACAGCACUGGACCCCGAGAAGAAGGGUCACAUUGAGUGGUCCGACUUCCUCUACUUUGAAUCCCUUGCAGUAUUGAGGAAGUUACGCACAGAGAACUCCCUUGUGCGUCUGUUGACUGCCAAGGAGAGAGACACCGCACGGUCAGUGUUCAAGGGCCUGGUCCUGGAUAAAGACGGAGUGAUCACAAGGGCAGAAAGCCGCCAGGCCCAGCAGUCCUGGUUCCACAAGCUCAACAAAGAAUCACAGUCUUGUAAUGUGAGACUCAUGGGACUCUGCUCUCCUAUUAAUUGUGGUAUAAGUCAUGUUGGCCCCAUAUGUGAGAGCAGUCCGGCCAGCUCUGGAAGUGAACGAAGCAAGACUGAUGAAAGCAGGCCAGUGACCUGGGCAGACUUUUUAAGGGAGAGCGCCAUCUAUAUCGUGGCUGCGAGGCCCAAUAGUUCUGCCAUGCACAUCCGUCUGCCUCUAUAGUCCAGGAGCCUCGACUACACCCAGCAGAGAGCAGGAGAGAGAUAGAGGGUGAGCCCUAUAGAGCCUACAGAAGAGUGACUGCACGGUGACGUAGGGAUGGCAACCGAAAGGAACAAGAUGAAGCACUGAGAGACAGCAGAUCAAGCCAUCGACAGAAUCUCUCCUCCUCUGCGAUACCUUAAAACCCACAACACUGACAACACACACACACACACACACACACACACACACACACACACACACA